UCAUGAUGUUUAUAUCCUAGUGCAUUUCCCAGUCAACAUCAAACUUACUAGAAGCGACUUAAGAAAACACACCAGAUUACGAAGUCAUGGACGGAUAUAUAUAUUGGUUAUCUAUAAUACUUGCUUUAUAUACACAAGCAGUGGCAUCACAAGAUCGAAAUAAACUCAAAAAUUUUGUGACAGUGCGCAACGCUUACACCCAAACAAACCUACUCUUGAAAGAGCUACAUGACAAAACCCUGAAGAAUGUGCCACUGUUUGUUUAUCCUUGGAGAGCUGUAAAUCAUUUGAGUUCUCGAAAGAUGACAGAAGUUGUUCUUUGAAAGAUGAUAUCGCUGGUUUGAAACUGAAAGCUGAUAAGACUAAAAAUUAUUACCAACGUAUUUUCCCCGGAAUUUUGGUAAACGUCCUCGGUGCCAGCAUGCCUAAAUAUGACAAUCUGGGAAGAGUGAAUAACGUAAAUUUGACAGGGUGUAUAGAAUCCUGCUACAAAAAUCCCAAGUGUCAGUCAAUGGAGUUCAAAGAAGGAAGCCGCAAAUGUGACCUGUCGAGUGCCUCCCAUUUAAACUCGACUUUGGAGCAGAGUAAACAUGGCUGGAAUUAUUACCAGAUCGAUAGAGCUAUGGUUACAACAACAACACUUUCUACUACAGAAAAAACUACUGCAAAAAUAACAUCGACAAUUGCUAAAGUUCUAAACACAACUAAAGCCACAACUAUAACAAAGCAUCCGAUUACAAAUUCAACGACAGCAACAACUACCAGUAUGUCAUCCUUUGAUGGUGCAAUUGGCUGUUUCAAAGAUUCUGAAGAUAGGGCGAUGCCAAGUAAAGUCUGGGAAAAUCAAGCAAUGACAGCCAAAAUCUGUCGAGUAGUAUGCGGAAAAUGGGGAUACAAAUAUGCUGGUUUGGAAGAUUCAAUUUAUUGCUAUUGUGCUAAUAACUAUAGCAAACACGGCGCCUUGGAUAAGUCCAAAUGUUACUCCAAAUGUCCGGGUAAGCCUUCCGAUAUAUGUGGAGGCCGUUACGUUACACUAUCCGUGUAUUCUUCAGUUCCUUUUGUAAAGAAGCAAGACUACAUCGGCUGUUUUCAUGAUAAAGCCAUAUCGAGGGUAAUGACAAGCAGAAUCUGGAUGAGUGAAAAUCUUACUAUAAAGAAUUGUCAAAAUAAAUGUGGCAGAUGGAAUUACAAAUAUGCUGGAUUGCAGCACGGUGCCCUCUGCUUCUGUGGAAACAGUUAUGACAAAUAUGGUGCUGCUGCUGAAGACCUGUGUUAUUCAAGCUGUCCACGCAACAAAGAAGAUUUCUGUGGAGGUUAUCUAACAAAUUCUGUUUACAAAGCAGGGAAAUUUUCAAAACAAACGGGUUAUCUGGGCUGUUUUAUUGAUACAAAAUCGGCAAGAGCUCUGGCGAGCAAGCCAUGGACCACGUCAGAUAUGACUAUUGAAAAGUGUAGAAAAGUAUGUGGCAAGUGGAAGAAUGUUUUUGCUGGUGUGCAGGGUGGCAGAUAUUGUAAGUGCGGAAACAGUUACAACAAAAAUAGUGAGGUUGGUGGAGACAAAUGUUUUUAUGGAUGUCCUGGUAAUAAAGAAGAGUUCUGUGGAGGUCUAUCUGCCAUCUCGCUUUAUCUUUCAAUAAAACAACCAAUGAAAGAUGGAUAUAUUGGCUGCUUUAAAGAUGGACGUCCUCCUGCAAUAGAAAAUCGGUACUGGAGAGAAGAUAAAAUGACUAUAGAAAAAUGUCAGAAUCACUGUCGAGAAAGAAGCACAAAAUAUGCUGGUCUGCAGCAUGGUCAGCUAUGUUACUGUGGCAACACUUAUGAGACAUAUGGUCCAUUAGGCGGAGAUCAUUGUAACAUAGAAUGUGCUGGAGAUACUACGGAAUUCUGUGGAGGGUACCUUGCUAAUUCGGUUUUUAGUACACAUUUUAAUGAGAAAUAAGCUGUGAAGAUUAUAUCCACGAAAACAUUUCACUGAAAUCUCACCCUUUCUCAGAAAACUUGACGAUCGAAAUUGUUGGAAAUCAGCACAAAGCCUUUUGAAGAUUUUAAAAGGAAAACUUAUUGAUUUUUCUGGUUGAUAUUCAUUUUAGUGACGAAGGAAGUCCAAAAUGCUAGAAAUCAGCAUUAAAUUAUUCGAAAUUUUUUAAAUAAAAAUUUGUUGUCUUCUCAUUA